GUGGGGGUCCACCACCAGAACAGCCGGUGCAGCUGCCGUCUGGCUCUACCGGUGCGUUAUGCGGACUGUUUUUGGCAGCUUGCCGUGGCGAGGCCGCAAGCAAAGAAAUUGUGCCGCAAUUGAUGGCGCAACUCUCCUCAAACGAGGUCAUAGAGGCAAAGCAAGCGGCAGAGGGCUUCACAAAAAGCGAGCAGGAGUGCAAGAUCCCACUAGAUGGAGUUGGCUGGUUAGCGCUUGCCAAGAUCCUGUCCCCAAACGACACAGUGAAAGAUUUGCCAGCAGCGCUUGUUGAAGCAGGUGCAAUACGAGCCGCUGCCAGCAUCAUGGCGCGCUUCAUUGAGGACAGCAUGGUGCAGUUGACCGGGAUAGAGGCGAUGUCGAGUCUGGUCGGCAACAGAUGGGCUGGUCUGCGAGCGUUUGCAGAUGUUGGGGGCAUGGAGCGGGUGGAAGAGGCCAUGCGCCACCACGGUCAAGAUGCGCUAAUACAAACAAAGGGUGUGCGGGCGCUCGGCAGCGGGGUGCAGUGGCCACAGGAUGUGCAAGAAAGAGCCCGCUAUUCCCACAGGCGUGCCAUCGACUUGACAAAGACGGCCAUGUCUCAGCACGGCAUGGACGCCGAGUUGCAGAUCGCCGCUUUAGAGGCACUUGCCAAGUAUUUGGACAAGACUAGAUGUGUUUCUGAGAUAAAGGACGGAGGAGGCGAGGGCCUUGUGAAGAUGAUGAUGACUACCCAUCACUCCAGCGCGAAGGUUCAACAAUGGGGCCGGCAUGUGCUCACCGGCAUUGGGGCCGACCCAAACUGGGCACCAAAGACGAGUGCUGGGGCGAGCUGA